AUGCACCAGCAGACAAGGCCGUCCCCUCGCCUCACCUCGCCCGCUUCCUCGCCUCAGACAAAUCCUGCACGCACAAACAACCCGAGAGAACCUGUCAUGGCCGCCCGUCCGAGGGCUGGCUCGGCAGCCUCUGGCCGCGGGUACGAGCCGCCCGCAUCACCCGCCGUCGAUACAGCCCCGGGGUCGGGACCGACUGCAGAGUCAUUCAAGAAACUCGACCAAAUCAUACAGAACUUCCACACCAAGGCAGCCUCGGUGAUCACCGAGUCCCGCAUGAAUCUCAAGUCCGUCUCUGCGACCAAGGGCUCCGGCAGCAAGAAGAUCAACAAAUGGGUAUGUACACCGAGCCCGCGCUCUUCCCCUCGAUCACCGGGCUAUGUGUUGACUUUACCGCCCCCGCUGAUCAUCGAAACCUACCUCGACACAUCGCGCUUGACGUCUAGCCAGAGUCUCGUCAUCGUCGAUGAAAAUGGAAAGAGAUGGGACGUCAUGGAGGCUCUCAACUCGUCUGAUUCAAGCGACGACAACCCCAGCCGCGUCAUGCGUCGAAAUACGGACGUCGUGCUGGAACGAUGGCGCAUCGAGCUUAAGGUCAAUUCCGCUACUGGCCUCGACGAAUUCGGUCCCAUUCUACCCACCAUCUACAAGAAGAUCAUUGUCUUCUUCCGCUCCCUUUAUGUCACGGCACGGGUUCUUCCUGCGUGGAAGACGUCUCAGCAGGCGCUGAACAAGAGUGUUCACCCUGCAUUGGAGCCGAGAUGUCGCAUUCUGGCCGGAGACCCAAGCGCUCGCGGGAUCGAUCGCCUGAGGCACCCGUUACAUGAUGGCCAUGGCGAAGUCGUGACUGAUUAUCUAUUCGCCGACCUUGAAGUGCCAGUUGGCCGCCUCGUCGCAUCGGUUACCUACCGCAACGAAAGUAGCUUUCGCAUUGAUGAUGCAGAGUCUCUGCUCAGCUCGCGAUUCAUGGGCGUGGACGAGAAUUUCUUCAAGCCCUCCAUGCCGCAGCGCACGCAUACCCGACGCGAUGAUGUCGAGAUCGGCUCCCUGCCAUCUCACUCGCGCGGCACGGGACUCUCUGAGCUGCGCCAAACCUACGGCAGCCUGUCCACGUUUCAUGGCGAAGGAGCCUUGGGUACGAGCCCGAUGUCUGCCUUGAAGGCAGUGAGGCCUCCGGGGUCCGACACGAGCUCGCCGCCGGGCUCCAGGCCCGCCAGCUUCCAGCCGAAUCCGCCCAACUCGCUGCCUGUGCGACCGACUAUGCGAGGGCUCACCGGAGGCGGUGUUAGGCGCCCGUCUGUAUCUUUCCAGCCUUUCAAGGCCGGCUCCCUCUCUGGCUCACCAAUUCCACGGACACUGGACUCUGAAUCGCCAGCCUCGCCAAGCUCAGCUUCUCGCGUGGCCGCUGCACUGUCACAACCGAGGAAUCGCACGUCCCUUACGGCCGGUAUGCCUGCCUCGCUACGCGGCGGUCCCCCCUCCGGAGAUACCCUGGUAGGCUCGCCGCGACCGGUGUCCACGAGUCGGUACAGCAGCAGCUUCACGCACACGCACCGAAAGGGGAGGCUUUCAUUUGGCGGACAGAGCAAGGCUGGCGACGAUGAACAGGGCAGCAGUGGACGAGGCAGCCUAUCCUCGUCCGCAGCGCAACCUGGAUCAGGCCUUCUCGCCGAGGUCGGCGGCAACGCUAGUUCAGGUUCCUUGCAGACGGACGACGACCAAAUCUCCGACUUUCUCAAAGCCUUGGACAGUAAGAAGACGCUCAAGAGCUUUGAGCCAGCCAAGCGGGGGGAGUCGGCCACGAAUAGGACCGUGGCCCAGCUGUCCAAGUUUCACGCCAUGAGGGACUCGAACAAUGCGCUGACGGAUUCAAUGACCUCGUCCCUUCAGAUGCAGCGGUCUUCCAGUUCCUCAAGCCGGCAGCUUUCCAACGUGCCAAGCAUGAUGGCGCCGGCCUCUGUGUCCCUCUCCUCUUCUCCCGGCAAACCGCUUUCGCCUCAUACUCCUCACACGCCUGCCGUGCCGUCGCGACUCAGCGAGAACUCGGUCAUUCGAUAUGGCUCAAGCAGGAGUGCGCGAGCCAACGCGCCGCCGACGAGCGCAGCGGAGCUCGCCAGGGAGGACACGGUGACACAGGAUGGAACGACGGCGAUCGAUAUUCCCAUCUCCCCCCGGCUCGGGACGCACCAGCGCAGAUCCAGCUCUGUGGCGCAAAAGAACCGCGUCAUGGCAGAAGAGGACGAUGGCGAUGCUGCCUUUGGAGGCAACAGAAGCAUCAGCCUGGGGGCUGAGGAUCGAGAGCCUCCAACGCUGAGUAUGCUGUUGGGCCGCCAUGCUGAGACGGGUGAGUCGGCCACGGCGCACGACGCUUCGUCGCUGCAACCGGCAGCUCAGAUCCGGUCUGUCGGGUCUGUCGAGAUGCUGAACCAGGGCUCGUCUGAUGGCUCCAAGCCGCCGGGCGGGCUCAUCUCGGCGCCUUCGAGCUCGCCAUUCGGCAGGCGGCGAUACACCGGCAUGGCUUCCAUGUCGCCGGCGGGCCGCGGUCAGACGCCGCCGCAGUCGUCGCGGGGGAGCUUCACGGCGUCAACGACUGGCCGUUAUGGGCGCGGCGAGACAGAGAACCAAGACGACGAGCCGCUCCUCUUCGACAUGUCCGAGAUGGACCCGCAAGGACGCCGCAGCCUGGAGGAGGCCCGAGGCGGCGGGCAGGCUGGUCUGGGCAGCCGUGCGGAGUAUGAGCCGCGCGGAGUGUCCCGCAGAGGAUGGUGA